GUAUGGUGGGUUAAGUAGAUACGAGACAUAAGAUAAAAACAACAAAACGUCCAAAACUUCUUGAUUUUAAAGGACGCAAGGACAGGUCGUCACGUCAACGUUUGGUCCAUUUACCAAAAAGAGGAAGGAAGAAACUGGAUUUCUACUAUGUUCCUACUACGAGUACAGAGACGCAGGUUGCGAUCUUUCUUUUGGGGCGCGUUGCUUGUCUCCGUAAUGGCAACCAUAUACACAGUGUUUUACAGAAGCCAGAGGAAGCUAGAAGAAAUAUCUAAGCAGACGUCCGGUGACAGUUAUUCUCGAGCUCUACCUCGAUACGAAUCGCCCGGAAGGAAUCUUGGUGUUGAAACAUUUAGACAGUGCAACCCAAGGAAUAACUUCAUUUUCAUCAAGAUUCAGAAGACAGGAUCCUCUACAGUGACGAAUCUCUUACAGCGGUACGCUAUAGACCGUGACCUCACGGUUAUGGUCCCUACCUGUACAAUGUGCGCUCUCAGCUGGCCAACCUCGCCUGAACCUGGAAUGUACCACGAGUCGAAGAAUGGAGAGUACAACGCUAUCGUCCACCACACGAGAUAUAACAAAACUUGGAUGGAAACCAUGUUCUCUCCCGACACUGCCUACAUAACUGUGCUUAGAGAACCAUUCAGUCAUCUCAAGUCAGUGUUUCAUUACUAUCAUCUCGCCGGAAAAGUGCUUCAGAGAAAACUGAAGACAUCUGGAGACGAAAAUUGCAUUCAGAGGUUUCUAAAAAGUCCCUUUGAGCACAGAUAUGUCCUAGGCUACAAACACUGUGAGGUUACUUUUGAAAGGACGAGAAAUUUUCAAGCUUUUGACUUAGGGUACAAAGUAGAGUGGGCGGAAGACACGGGAAAAGCUGAACAAUUUCUUGCCGACUUAGAACAAGACUUCACCUUGGUCAUGAUCUUAGAACACUUUGACGAAUCGCUCGUGCUGUUACGAAGGCUGAUGUGUUGGGAAAUGAAGCAUAUUCUCUACGAUAAAAACCGGCCUAAGAAAGAGGAGACCUAUCCGUACAAAUAUUACCAACCUUCACUAGAAGAACGUGCUAAUCAUAAAGAGUUUAACAAUGUGGAUUAUAGGCUAUAUGAAUACUUUGAUAGGUCACUGUGGAACAAGAUAGCUUCUGAAGGACCAAGUUUCUUCGCCGAACUAGAGUACUACAAGCAACUCAAUAAUAACAUUAGUAAUCAUUGCGCUGGUAGUCGGGCAAAAAAAGAAACAAUGAUUGUGCCCUCGUCCAGAUGGAAUGCAGAAUUUCACGUAAAUGGCGAAUUUUGUUACCGUCUAAGAACGAAGCGAACGAAAUCUUUGGACGGAGCGCUGCGAGCGCGUUUGAUAAAGAGCGAGAGGAAGCAUGUUUUUGGUCGGUGCCCACCUCGGGAUCAGUACGUUGUUCUGAAAAGCAAAUCUGUAGGGAAUUAGAUUUUGUUAAAACGCACCAGAGAAUUUUCCCUAGACCAUCUAAUUUGAUGUCUGAUUCAUUCUGGGCACAUAUUAACUCCAAAAUGCCCAUAUUUUGGUGUCCUUAGUUGAAGAAGCCGCGUUUCUUCCUCGUUGUCAAUGUACAAAUCCUAUCGAAUAGAAAUACCUGUAAACUGCAACGUUAUUAUUUUGUUCGAAUUCCAUGCAUGGUUUUAUCCAAAUUGAGGAAUACGGGUCUAUCACAGAUGUAAAAUACAAGGAAAGAAAAAAUGUCGCUCUAUGGUGAUCAAGAUACAUUCAAAAAGGUGGGGAAAAUAGAAGUGACCAGGAGUCAUACUUAACUUUCUCGAUGUAUGAUGCACUGUGUCUACCAGUUGCUGCAGUCCUAUCAUGUGGCGAACAUAAACUCUGUUUUCCUCUCCGAGGGAAAGGACCAUAAAACUUGGAAGCUUCCAACAAUUCAUACCCAAACAUUUCCCUUACAAUCAUGACGCUGUGUUGUCUCCUUACAAUAUCAAUGAAUAGAUAAAAAUAAAUGAAU